CUUUGUGAACUUACCUUAAAGCUCAAAAUUGCAUGUUGUGAUUGAUUUGCCUGCAAGUAUUGAGCAGCCCAAUUGAACGCAUUUGGCGAGAAAUUAGGACAAACGCAGACGAAAGUGUAAAUUUAUAGAAAAAAAGAUAGCAACAGCUACUUUUGAUAAUAGUGUAUGAAUUCAUAUUUCGAAUAUGGAUAAAGCCAAAUCCAGUGUGAACGGCGAUUUGCAAUUGCCACCCCUUCGAAGUUUGGACGAUUUUCUAUUGGAAUCUGCACGUUUUCAAAUCCCAAACAUCAAAGACCUUGAUAAAUGGGGGAACAGAGUUGUCCACAAUCUUCUCUAUUACCAGACAAACUACUUCUUCCUAUCCGUCAUUAUUUUUCUUCUUGUUGGAUUAAUUCACCCUGGAAAAAUGCUACUGGGUAUGAUUGCAAUGGCCGUAUUGCUGUCUGCGUUUGCAUACACUUCGACAGAAGGAAGAGCAGUACAUAACUUCAAAAAACAAUACCCUCUUGCUGGAAUUAUCUUAAUUGUGUUGAGCGGCUGUUUUGUUACUUAUACCUUGGGCUCUUUACUCGUCUUCUUAAUUGGCAUACUUUUACCUUUUUCUGUAAUCUUUAUUCAUGCGUCUCUGAGGCUAAGAAAUAUUAAGAACAAGCUUGUCAAUAAAAUAGAGGGCAUCGGCUUAAGGCGCACUCCAAUGGGAAUUUUCUUGGAACAGCUCGAGGAUGUCACUGGUAUGGCUCUACGUGCACAAACAUCUAUCCUGAAAAAACCUCACGAAUAACCUGCUUCAAACAAGGCUUUUUUGGCACUAAUACACAGGAAGAUUUUUUUAACAAUAAGCUUAUGGAGAGGAAAG